CUGUACGUGUGCGUAGGAGGGAGGUGGAGCUUCACACAUGCAGCUCUACACUAUAAAAGAGGAAAGAAACUCAUUCAGACAUUCAGACUCAAGCAGCAGACUGAAGCUGAAACAACACAGACUCUACUCUACUACAUCUCACACAACCGAAAGGAUGCUUUGCGUGUAUAUCGUCCUGUUGCUGACCCUGAGCGGAGUGGGAUUGGGCUCUCUGCAGGAGAAACAGACUGACUUUGGCCUGAAGGUCUUCUCUCAGCUGGCCCGGGACUCUGCGGACCAGAACGUGGUCUUGUCCCCGUACGGCGUGGCCUCCGUCCUGGCCAUGGCUCAGCUCGGUGCUGCUGGGAGCACCCGCAAGGCCUUAACUGCUGCUAUGGGCUUUUCUCUGCAAGAGCGAGGGAUGUCCCGGCAGCAGCGCCUCCUGCAGCGGGAUGUGUCCAGCGAGGAGGGCGUGGAGACAGCCAGCGGCGUCAUGUUGGAGAGGAAGAUGAGCCUGGAGAAGGGAUACCGCCGCGCGCUGGCCAAGGCCUUCCAGGCCCACGCCAACCAGGUGGACUUCACCAAUUCGGACCAGGCCGUCAGCGUCAUCAACUCCUGGGUCUCAGACCACACAGCAGGUACCAUCCCUGAGUUCCUGGCGCCUGGAUCUCUGACUGAUGAGACCCGUCUGGUCCUCCUUAAUGCCCUCCACUUCCAGGGCCUCUGGAAGGUGCCCUUUGACCCCAAACUGACCCAGGAGAGGAUGUUCCACUGCGCCAAUGGCAGCGAUGUGCCCGUGCACAUGAUGAGACUCACCAACCGCUUCAACUAUGGUGAGUUCGUGACUGCCGACGGGGUGGACUAUGAUGUCAUUGAGGUCCCAUACGAGGGCGACUCACUGAGCAUGCUCCUCGUGUCGCCCUUUGAGCCUGAAGUCUCACUGAGCACACUCAGUGCGGAUUUGAGCAGCAAGAGGAUGAAGCAGUGGAGAACAGAGUUCAGGAAUGUCAAGCGGCAGCUGGCCAUGCCUAGGUUUACUCUGGACUCUGAGGUGAAUCUGAAGAGCGCUCUGCUCAACAUGGGUCUGGGAGACAUGUUCAACCUGGCUACCGCUGACUUCACACGCAUCACCUCUGACGAGAGGCUGUGCGUGUCGAAGGUUCUGCAGAGAGUGAAGAUCGAGGUGAAUGAGCUAGGAACCAAAGGAGCAGCAGCCACAGCUGCUGUGAUGUUUUCUCGUAUGGCCGUGGAGGAGAUCACUCUGGAUCGACCCUUCCUCUUCAUCAUCCAGCACAAACAAACAGGUGCUGUUCUCUUCAUGGGUCAGGUCAACCAGCCUCAACAACAGUAACCGACGUCGAAGACUUCCCUCCACUGUGUCUGACUACUGCUGCUCACAAUGACCACACCACACCGACCGUACAGGGUUCAUUCGACAGACUAAUUCACUAAAAGAUUUAUUUAUAAUGCGCUUAAUACAGGAAGACACAGAUUUAACAUAUUGGAAACAUGAUUGACUGAGAGUUUAUAUGUUUAAUUUAUUCCUCUGAACGUUUGUGGUUGAGAAGACAGAAAGAAUUAUGAAGGAAAGAGUUACCUAAUUAAGUAGUUUACUUGUCGUCUGACACAACAUGCACUGCAUACGUACCAAAAUAUGUAUCUAUUUUUUACAAUGUCAUGUCUAAUGUCUAUUUUUGUUAUUGCCUUAAGUUACAUUUGUAUUUUUCCGUAUUUAUAUUUAUUAAAAUACUAUGUUUUUACAAAG